AUGCCUGCUGAGCCUCACGACAACGUAUCCCGUAAGAAGGCAGCAUCGCCCAUCGGCCGUGUUACCUUCAUCGGUCUCCGUGCCGCCGAUGUCGUGCUUCAUCACAGCCUCAUCCACCACGGCUGGGUGUCCCACCUCAUCCAAUCUCUGGGUGGAGUCCCCGUCUCGGCCCCAUGGGUUGUCGAUCCCGCCUCCGGCACUCUUCAGCCCUACUACCGUCUCAUUGUCUUAAUGGCAUUCGGCAGCAGUGUUAAACAGAUCCUUACCAUGCUGAUCAUUUCCGAACAGGAAACCCCAGUCUCUGAUGCAAUAGUCAUCAGCCUUUUCAACACCAUUGUCAACUCGCUGAACACCCUGCUAUCGCUAUGGAGCCUAACCUCCUGCGCAGCCAUGCCGCAGGCCACUGUUCUAAACCAGCUGCUCUCCUCGCCACUGCUGGCUGCCGGGACGGCGGCAUACUUCCUCGGACUAGUGACCGAACUAGUCUCCGAACUGCAGAGGACAGCUUUCAAGAGGAAAGCGGCUAACAAAGGGAGGGCCUACGCCGGCGGUCUGUUCUCGCUGGCUCGACAUAUCAACUACGGCUGCUAUACCAUAUGGCGCGCAUCCUAUGCGCUAACUACGGGCGGUCCGAUCUGGUCGGCCGUCGUUUUCUACUUCUUCUUCCGCGACUUCGCGGUUCGAGGCAUCCCGGCGUUAGACAAAUACAUGACGCAGCGUUAUGACGAACAAUGGAAGAGAGUAAAGGAAACCGUUCCAUACAAGUUGAUCCCCGGCGUCUACUAA